AGGGUGAGUCUCUUCGACCGGCAGAGAUUAGCGAAUCAACAGUGAGGCGGGUUGAUGCUGGAAAGAUUAGUUUCAGAGAGUAAUUACUUAAGUAUCUGUACUUAUUGUAUCCGUCUAAGAAUCGGUACAGUCUCAGGUCCAUCCGUCUCCAUCGCUUUUCCCCGAUACGAUUUCUCUUCCUCAGGUCAGUCUCCGAACUUUAUCAUCCACGUGGAGCACAGGCACAUAACUGUGACCGAGGGGGGUGAUGCGUUCCUUUCCGUGCGGCCAUCGGCCGGGGUCAGCAGUGGAAGGUGGAGUUUUAAUGGGAAAAUUGUCGUCCAGUGGAUCGCUCAGACCGUGUCUGUUGGUAUUGCCUACAUAUCGCGGGCUGAGUUAUUCACCUCCAGCGGGUCUCUCCUGCUGAAGUCGGUGAACACCGCGGACAGUGGCGAAUACCGUGUGACUUUGGUUCCAACCAGCGGCUCCAUCUCCUCAGCGGUCGUCAGUCUACAAGUCCUUGGUCAGUCUCCGAACUUUAUCAUCCACGUGGAGCACAGGCACAUAACUGUGACCGAGGGGGGUGAUGCGCUCUUUUCCGUGCGGCCGAAGGCCUGGGUCAGCAGUGGAAGCUGGAGUUUUAAUGGGAAAAUUGUCGUCCGGUGGUUCGCUCAGACCGUGUCUGUUGACAAUGCCUACUCAUCGCGGGCUGAGUUAUUCACCUCCAGCGGGUCUCUCCUGCUGAAGUCGGUGAACAGCGCGGACAGUGGGGAAUACCGUGUGACUAUGGUUCCAACCAGCGGCUCCAUCUCCUCAGCGGUCGUCAGUCUACAAGUCCUUGGUCAGUCUCCGAACUUUAUCAUCCACGUGGAGCACAGGCACAUAACUGUGACCGAGGGGGGUGAUGCGUUCCUUUCCGUGCGGCCAUCGGCCGGGGUCAGCAGUGGAAGGUGGAGUUUUAAUGGGAAAAUUGUCGUCCAGUGGAUCGCUCAGACCGUGUCUGUUGGUAUUGCCUACAUAUCGCGGGCUGAGUUAUUCACCUCCAGCGGGUCUCUCCUGCUGAAGUCGGUGAACACCGCGGACAGUGGCGAAUACCGUGUGACUUUGGUUCCAACCAGCGGCUCCAUCACCUCAGCGGUCGUCAGUCUACAAGUCCUUGGUCAGUCUCCGAACUUUAUCAUCCACGUGGAGCACAGACACAUAACUGUGACCGAGGGGGGUGAUGCGCUCUUUUCCGUGCGGCCGAAGGCCUGGGUCAGCAGUGGAAGGUGGAGUUUUAAUGGGAAAAUUGUCGUCCGGUGGUUCGCUCAGACCGUGUCUGUUGACAAUGCCUACUCAUCGCGGGCUGAGUUAUUCACCUCCAGCGGGUCUCUCCUGCUGAAGUCGGUGAACAGCGCGGACAGUGGGGAAUACCGUGUGACUAUGGUUCCAACCAGCGGCUCCAUCUCCUCAGCGGUCGUCAGUCUACAAGUCCUUGAAUGACCGGAUCCUGUGGCCGGAGGACAACGGGAAGAUCGACAGCAUCAGCUUAUCUGAAGAUUCAGAUCUCUCUCUCCAUCACUACUCAACUCGAUACCACGAAAUGAACCGAACUUUACUCAUCAUCGUAAGACUGUAUCUUUGUAUCCCUAGACUUAAAUAAGCUUGGUUGUUCACGUAUAUUUCCACACUUACGGAUGUACUUACUUUUUAUAAUCGUUGCUAACCUGUUUGAUUUAUCUACAUUUAUAUUACUGUAUUACAUGGUUACUAAUAAAUACCAUUAGUUAAUA